AUGCUGACAUUUAAUCUAUCGCUUGGAGUUCCUAAGAUCACAUUGAAUAAUGUCAUUUACAGCUCUGACCCGAAAUACGCAAAUGCUUCUGCUAUCAUUUGGCAACAAAAUGAGAAAAGUUAUCUAAACUUAACAAUGGAAACUUUCGAAGAUCUGGAAAAAAUGAUCAUAACAGUAAAGUGGGGAUUCAAGACUUCAAAAAAUUCCGAUUCCGAAAUAAGCCUCAUGAAUACAAAAAUCAAUUCAUGCAAACUUAGCGAAGGAAAUCGCGGCAAUCCUCUUGUUAGAAUUGUUAUGGAUCCAUUUGAUCGUUGCUCUGAUUUUAACUUUACAUGUCCAUUCACAAAGAAGAAAUUCAAUUUUUUUAAUUACUCACCAAAUGAAAAAUUGCUCAUUCCAAUUCCGACUGCUGGUCCGUUUGCAUGUUUAUUUUAUCUGAAUUGGAGCAUCAAUCUGUGA